GCUCCAUACACCGGCGGUGGAAAUGGUCUCACUGUGGAAUUUAUGUGGAAUUAUUAAUAGGUUGCUUGGUCUCAAUACUGAAUCCCUUGUAGGACAAAACAGAGUUACUCCCCGAAAGACGAGGAUUGGGACUAUGAAGCAUUUUACGGGCUAAACAAAGCAUAUUCCUUCUCUAGGAUGGACAAUUACUUCAAAGCUGCUGUAUGUGACUUGGACAAACUCCUGGAUGACUUUGAAUCAAACACAGAGGAGGCUGAGAACACGUCUACGACUUUCACAAAUUUUGCAUGCCAGAACCCAAACCUCUACUCCCAAUGCUUUAUAUCUGAGCCAUCCACAGUAUCACAAACUGUCCCUGAUGUUAAUUCCUUGCAUUAUGGUCCAACUGCACCUAUUAAUGCCCCUGACCAAAGAGAUCUAGAUACAAAAGGGAGGGUGUUGACUGGUGUUGACCUCAUAUCCUCUGUUGUCAGUAGAACUUCCAAAAGCUUGACUCCUCCUUGUCCAGAUAGAUCUUUGAAACCUGUAUGUGACCUUGUUAAUGAUACAGGAUCGGCCAGUCUCCCAUGCACAAACAGUCAUGAUGCUUUCAAAGAGCUAGAGGUUGCUGAGAAACAGCUUGAGGAGGAGCUACUGGUAGAUUUUGAUAGUCCAGCUGUUAUAUAUCCAGAGAAUGUAAAGCCCAGCCAUGACGAUUUACAAGGACUGGACACUGGUGGCCAUUUUGAUGGUCCCUCAAACUGUUUUAGUUUGCUGGAUGUUAUAUUACCCAUGGCUGUGGAGAGGACAGCUGAACUGCAGAAAUAUUCAAACAGCUUAGAGCCUUUGGAUAAUAAUAAGGUUCAGUUGCCUCAAAGUAGCUGUCCAGAGGUGUCAAAUUCAUCUGAACUCCAAAACAACUCCCAGUGCACUUUAGAAUCUGAAGUAACUCCCAAUAACCUGAUAUCUUCAAGUGUAACAGAGGAGAACACUACAGCAACUGCUGAUUUCAGUACAAGUCUGCCUAAAGUACCAGAUGAUGAACACUCUGUGGACAGUGGUGACAGGGACCAUGAAAUUACCACAGCCAUUCCCACCAGUGAAAGGGAGUCUUCUCUAUACUGCCUCCCCAUGGCUGUAUCCAUGUGUGGAUCUCUUGUGGCCUCUUCAAUCCAGGAGACUAUGGUGAGUGAAGCCAAAGACAGCACAGAAAUCCCUCCUUCUGAAUCUAAAGAGAGUCCGGUCAGUGAAGAGACCGGAAACGUAAUUGUUACAUUUGCCGAAGUUGAGACCUCCCUAUGUAUUAGCCAGCCAGAUUCCUCACCUGAGGAUGAUCCUGAACUGGUCCAAAUAAUGUCAAACCCAGAAGCGUCAACACUUCCAUCCUCUCUAUAUAACAGAACGUUUGAAUGCAACUUACCUUUUUCAGAGAAUCUCAUUGCUGGAGAUUUGCCUGAGAGUAGCCAAGCUCCCAGCAAUGCACAGAGCCCCAAUUACCCGAUAGAAUUUGAUUUUACCGGUGAUUUCCUUCCUGAAAGUGAGCAAAAUAUGAUGGUAACCGAUGAAGAACUAGAUGCAUACCUGAUGGGUGAGGCACAGAGAAACAACUCUGACGUAUCAGCCGAGAAAUUUGUGGAUGAAGGCUUUUCAGAAUUUAACGGGGAUUUAGAGGGAGAGUUACGAAGCUGCCCAGUUGAUUCAUUCGCCUCACCUGAAAGUGACCGAUCUCUUCGCUUUUUAGACGAGAGUGAAGGUUCCAAUGUUUCUUCCUCAUCUCAGGAAAGUAGUCCCUUGAAACCAGACACCACACAAACGGAUAAUAAUACGGACGACACGCUGAGUUCCACUGCGAUUCGGUCGGUCUGCAGUGCAAACCAGUCUCCAUGUUAUGGUGGAGCCCGACCAAAGCAGCUAUCCAGCCAAAACAUAAGACCAUUUCUACCACAAGACGGACAAAAUGGUCAAUCCGAGGAGAAUGUUUCAACUUCUGAGGAGGAGAAUAUCUCCCCUGCAUCUCCCAUUGUGAGUCAGGCUUCCAAUCACAGCGUUGGUAACUUUGAAGCUACCAGUCAUAGUGACAGCAAUGAUCACAUAUAUGGUCAUGAAGAACUUUCAGAGCCACCUCCUUACCCAGGAGAGGUUUCAGGAGAAGCAGUCGAUCAGUCAGGAACAGAAGAUAGAGGCCUCGGCUGGAGGCAGCCACCCUGGGUCCCUGAUUCAGAGGCGCCUAAUUGCAUGAAAUGUGGGCAAAGGUUCACCUUUACCAAGAGGAGACAUCACUGCAGAGCCUGUGGCAAAGUAUAUUGUGCCAAUUGCUGCAACCGUAAAUGCAAACUGAAAUACAUGGAGAAAGAGGCCAGAGUUUGUGUGGUCUGUUAUGAAACUAUACAAAGAGCUCAGGCCCUUGAGAGAAUGAUGAGCCCUACCGGGCCUAGUCCAAAUCCUAACAUCCCAUCCGAGUACUGCUCCACGAUUCCUCCCAUGCAGCAGGCUCGAGCAGCAGGCACCCUCAACUCCCCGCCCCCUACUGUCAUGGUGCCAGUUUCUGUUCUCAAACAUCCUGGCAAUGAUGGAUUUCCAAAAGAACAGAAGCAUGUCUGGUUCGCCGAUGGAAUACUCCCGAAUGGCGAGGUUGCUGAUACCACUAGGCUUUCUGUAAAGCCACGGAGAUCCUCUCAGGACUCCAGUCCGGUUACACCAGACCCUCCAACAGUAUGGCCUACUAGCAAAAUCCCAGAAGGAAGUGAGGGUUCAGCACACAGCUCUGAGACUGGUUCAGAGGCACCAAGGAAGGCACCCAGUGGGCCCUGGGACUAUGCGUUACUCUGUGGCCUGGGAAGCUGUGUGCAGCGGGCUCUGAGUCUCCUGCCUGAUGAUGAUGAUGGUCUGCCACCACUGCUCAUCACCACAGGAGAGGAAGAUGGUGGAGAGUUGUUAGUGGAGGAACGACCUGCUGCCUGUCAGAUUAUGCUGCUUUUAGAGGAAGGAGGUCCAAAACCUUUGACGUUUGUGCUGAACGCUAACCUCUUGGUCAAUGUGAAGCUGACUACAUAUUGUGGGAAGAAGUGUUGGUGUUUGAGCUCUAACGGUCUUCAGGGAGUCGGUCAGAGAGAACUGGCGUUCAUUAUUGAGCGUCUCCCCGAGGAGAACAGUCUGCCUAAAGAUGUCUUCAGCCUUUACAUAAACAUAUUCCAAGAUGCACAGAAAGGGAAAUAUAUUGAGGAACUCGGCAACGUGACAUUUGCGGACAGUUUUUUGGGAAGUAAGGAACACGGUGGCUUCCUCUUUUUUUCUCUGAGCUUUCAGCCUCUGGAGGGUCUUGACCUGCCUCACAGCUCCUUCUUGUUUGGGGUCCUUAUUCAUAAAUUGGAGGUACCCUGGGCAAAAGUGUUUCCCCUCCGCUUAGUACUCGGUAUGGGAGCAGAGUGUAAUGUGUAUCCCUGUCCUUUGGUUAGUGUCCGGUUCCGUGAAUCUGUAUUUAAAGAGACAGGACAUACCAUCAUGAACCUGCUUGCAGACCUGAGGAAUUACCAGUACAGUGUACCUGUAGUAGACAACCUGAGGAUCCACAUGGAAGUGGGCAACAGCUAUAUUGACAUACCCAAGUCAAAGUUUAAUGAAAUGCUGAAAGUGGUGAAUUCUUCCAACGAGCAUGUAAUAAGUGUUGGAGCUUGCUUCAGUAGUGAAGCAGACUCGCACUUGAUCUGUGUUCAAAAUGAGGACGGAAGCUACCAGACGCAAGCCAACAGCAUUCAGGGAAAACCCAGAAGAGUAACUGGUGCAAGCUUUGUGGUUUUUAAUGGUGCUCUGAAGGCCUCUUCAGGAUUUAUUGCCAAAUCUAGCAUUGUAGAAGAUGGGUUAAUGGUGCAAAUCCCCCCGGAGACAAUGGAGGCUCUGCGCCAGGCCCUACGGGAUCAAACAGACUUUCGAAUCACCUGUGGAAAAACUGACACAGCGCCAGAGGACAGAGAAAACGUCAACAUUCGCUGGGUGGACUGGACGGCUCCCGUCAAUACAGGCAUGGUCAGCCCCAUAGACGGCAAGUCUCUAGAGGGGGUGUCCAGUAUCCACAUCCAGCAGGACUCUGAGUUUGAGAUGGAUGGGAGGACUAUAAAGUGCACAGAGGUUUUCUACCUUCUGAAGACCCCAGACUGCACCCUCUCUGCCGUUCUUUCCUCCUGCACUCAGUUCCAGAGAGAGAUUGCCACUGCCAGCUGUGCAGCGCUGUGUCCUCACCUCUCUGUCCUCGUCGCAAAUGGAAUUAACCAUCUUGCACUUCGAGUAUCGACUGACACAGACAUGGUUGAGUAUCAGGCCGGGUCAGGCGGAAGCCUUCUGCCUCAGAAAUAUAUGAAUGAGUUGGAUGGAGCACUGAUACCUGUUAUUCACGGUGGAAGCUCCUGCGUCCCACACCAAGCCAUGGACAUGGAGUUGUUCUUCUUUAUUACACAAACCCAUUGAGUGUGAAACACGAAAACAGAGCCUUCCAUUAACAGGGAUGAUGUCCCUCCUUUAAACCAAUUAAAAGCAAAGCUGGAUAAACAGCCAAAUAACUGAGCAGACAUGGUAAACUCUGACAAGGUAUGGAAAGGGUGCAACUUGUAGAAACUGCCUAUAAUUGAUAUCAUAGAGCUAAAGAAGGGAGUUUACUGAGUCUCUACUGGAUGCAGUUGGUUAAGGUUUUAUGGACACAUAAACUCAAUAGUAUUUUCUAUGAGAUUAAACAGAACGAAAGGCACUGCGUUCUUUAUUAAGAAGGAUUUUCGAGACAGUAGCUUUUAAAUCUGCAGUAUGAUUUUUUUUUUUUUUUCAUUUGUACAUUCUUGAUGUUACUCUUGGAAGAAGCUUCAUUUCAUCCCGUGUUCUGUAUGAAGAACGUUUAUCAUUUCUUUAAAUACAUGUGAUCACUCCUUUACUACACAGGGGCUAUUGAGCUCUUAAAUAUUUUCCAAAAUUUGUACAUGGAUUCAUCUCUCAGUUCUGUUAAGCUUUUAUUAAGCUUAAAGACUAUUUUUGCAAUAAUUUCACAUGUUAAAUAAAGAUUAUAUUUUUGAUAGGCCAUCAUGUUAGUUUUGCAGUCUCAUUGCAAAAAGAGCUGAACUUAAGUCCUUUGAGGACCAUAACUUUGACAUACUCAUCCAUUACAUAUUUGAGAAAGCAUUAAAUAAUCAUUAUAAUAACAUUAAUAAAAUCGCAGAAUUUGCUUAAUUGCAAAUAUAUUGAAGUAGAAUUAUAUUUAAGAGUAGGCUACAAACUUUUCCAAACCAACUCCAUACCAUAACACUACAAACCGCCAAUGUUUUAAUGUAUUAAAUUUAAAAAAAAAUCAUAUUUUUUUUCCAUCAAGGCUGUUUUAAUAUCAGUUGGGUUUUUUUAGUGAAUAUGUAUGUGACUUGAUAUCAGUUCAAAUGACGAAUAAUGUAGCCAGCACUAAUCCUCCGGUCUGAUCUUUUAAGACCUCUCUGACUUUAUAAUAUAUACUACAUUUUCUUUUUCUUUAUCUCCCAUCAUCACAGUAUUACUAUAUUAUUCCACUAUAUAAUUCCUCAAUCAAUCAGAAUCAUUUUUGUUGUCUUACGCCAUCUUGCCAGAUGCUUAAGCAGCCUAAAAUUGAUUAUGGCAUGUGUAAGUAUGAGAAUAAUUGUUUUGCAAAGAACCUUGAAUGGCAUCUUAUUCCAUAAGCACUGACAGAUAAACAAACA